AUUAAAUAUUAUUAUAAUUAUUAUGAAAUGUUAUUUUGAUGGACAAUACAGGAUAAGAUGCGAAAAAACAACAGAGAAAUCAAAUUCUUUCAUCAUCAAUGAUAUAAACUCCUUGCUCCUCUUGACUCAUUCAUUCACUCCCAAUAUGAUGGAAUUGGAAGCCACCGCCGCUACUUCCCCACCUUCUCGCGUUCUCCUCAUCUCCGCAGGUGCCAGCCACACCGUUGCCCUUCUCUCUGGGAAUGUUGUGUGUUCGUGGGGUCGCGGAGAGGACGGACAGUUAGGCCAUGGUGACACCGAUGAUAGGCCCUUACCCACGCAGCUCAGUGCAUUGGAUGCCCAACACAUUGAUUCUAUUGCCUGUGGAGCUGAUCAUACCCUUGCGUAUUCCGAAUCACGCAAUGAACUCUAUAGUUGGGGAUGGGGUGAUUUUGGAAGGUUGGGUCAUGGCAAUUCUAGUGAUUUGCUCAUUCCUCAGCCUAUUAUAGCAUUGCAAGGUCUAAGGAUAAAGCAAAUUGCCUGUGGGGAUAGCCACUGUUUGGCAGUUACCAUGGAAGGCGAGGUUCAGAGUUGGGGGAGGAAUCAAAAUGGUCAACUUGGACUUGGCAACACAGAGGAUUCUCUUGUGCCACAAAAGAUUCAAGCGUUUAAGGGAGUUCCUAUCAAAAUGGUUGCUGCAGGUGCAGAACACAGUGUAGCUAUUACUGAAAAUGGAGAACUGUAUGGAUGGGGUUGGGGCCGAUAUGGAAAUUUGGGGUUGGGAGAUAGAAAUGAUCGCUGGAAUCCUGAGAAAGUUUCUUCUGUUGAUUGUGACAAGAUGGUCAUGGUUGCUUGUGGUUGGCGGCAUACAAUUUCUGUUUCAUCUUCUGGUGGCUUAUACACAUACGGGUGGAGCAAAUAUGGCCAGCUAGGACAUGGAAAUUUUGAGGAUUCUCUUGUGCCUCAGAAGCUUCAAGCCUUGAGUGAUAAGUUAAUCUCUCAGGUAUCAGGUGGUUGGAGGCAUAGUAUGGCACUCACGUCUACUGGACUACUAUUUGGAUGGGGUUGGAAUAAGUUUGGACAGGUUGGAGUCGGUGACAAUGUUGAUCACUGCUCUCCUGUGCAAGUGAAGUUCCCCCAAGAUCAGAGAGUAGUUCAGAUCUCAUGUGGGUGGAGGCACACAAUUGCUGUAACUGAAAAGGAAAAUGUAUUUUCUUGGGGAAGAGGCACAAAUGGGCAACUUGGGCAUGGGGAUACCAUUGACCGGAAUUCUCCAAAGAUUAUUGAGGCAUUGAGUGUGGAUGGAUCUGCUGGGCCGCACAUAGAAUCCUCAAACACUGAUCUAUUGUCAGGGAAAAGUGGCGUCUCCUUAUCUGAGAGAUAUGCAGUUGUGCCGGACGAAACUGUCUCAGGACAAACUGCUAGUUCAAGCAGUGGAGAUAGGCUUGAAAUUAGUGUCCCAGAAAGUGAUGUCAAACGGCUCCGUGUUUGAUGUGCCAAAUUUCCGUUAGACGAUAAUGAUGCAUACUAUGUCUCUGCCUCAUCAGUUCAUUGGAGCCACCCAGAUUCUACUAGUAAUUUGGCUUUCCACAUAGUAGUAAAUGUAAAUUGUAGUCAUAUGAGAAAUAACAGCAACGUAUUCUUUAAUACACUUUUUUUAGCAUACUUUUCACUCUUGGCUAAAAUUUGUUGAGACUCAGGAAAUUACGAGUGAUACUUGUUAAAUAAAAAUCGAGACCCAUGUCAUUUUUGAGUCCUAACAAAUUUUAGUUAGUAAUAGUGUCAUAAAAAGUAUAUCAAAAAAUAUGUCCUAGCGUUUGCGGUGGCCAAAUGGAUAGUAUGAGAAACAUUGCAUAUGAUCUCCUUAUUCCGUGUAUUAUCAAUCAACAUCGAUAAAUUUAGCAUAUCCUGUUUUUUUUAUUUUU